AUGCCCGCCCCAACUGCUAUAAUACGGAAGCAUGAUGAGCAUCGCGUCGUUGAGAAUACUCCGCAACCUGACGCAGGCCAGGAUGAAGAUAUAAUGAUAGACACCCAUGAUGUGGAGCCGUCUGAAGCCAUGGUGCCUCUAGUUCCACAAGAAGAUACAGAAAUGCAGAUUGAUGAAGAGGGCCGCCCGCGGUACGCACCAGCUAAGCCAGAAGAAAGUCAAAUUCGCGUGGAAAAUCGAAAAGUCGCCAUUCCGCCCCACCGCAUGACCCCGCUGAAAGUAGCCUGGCCAAAGAUCUAUCCGCCGCUGGUCGAGCAUCUCAAGCUCCAGGUACGCAUGAACAUCAAGAAUAAAGCUGUUGAACUGCGUAACUCAAAAUUCACCACCGAUUCAGGUGCACUGCAGAAGGGCGAGGAUUUUGUGAAAGCCUUCUCUCUCGGUUUCGAUGUUGAUGAUGCUAUAGCCCUACUUCGUUUGGAUGAUCUUUACAUCGAGACUUUUGAAAUAAAAGACGUCAAGACAUUACAGGGUGAGCAUCUCGGGCGUGCUAUUGGAAGAAUAGCUGGGAAGGACGGCAAGACAAAAUAUGCCAUCGAGAACGCAAGCCGUACAAGGGUAGUUUUAGCAGACGCAAAAAUUCAUAUCCUCGGCGGAUUCAAGAACAUCCAUAUUGCAAGGGAGGCAAUUGUCAGUCUCAUAUUAGGCAGUCCGCCGGGGAAAGUAUACGGAAAUUUAAGGACGGUAGCCUCACGAAUGAAGGAGAGGUUUUAA